AUGUCAUCAGGAAGGCCGAUCAAAUGUGUGGUCGUCGGUGAUGGUACUGUUGGUAAAACUUGUAUGUUAAUAUCGUACACUACAGACAGUUUUCCGGGGGAAUAUGUGCCCACAGUAUUUGACAACUAUUCUGCACCAAUGGUUGUGGAUGGUGUAGCAGUGUCCCUAGGACUGUGGGAUACUGCAGGACAGGAGGAUUAUGAUAGACUUAGACCUUUAAGUUAUCCACAAACAGAUGUCUUCCUUAUAUGCUUCAGUGUGACAAGCCCGUCAUCUUAUGAAAAUGUUACUUCAAAAUGGUAUCCUGAGAUUAAGCACCACUGUCCUGAUGCACCUAUUAUAUUGGUUGGUACAAAGAUUGAUUUGAGGGAUGACCGUGAAACUCUCAGUUUGUUAUCUGAACAAGGAAUGUCUCCGUUGAAGAGGGAACAAGGACAAAAGUUGGCAAACAAAAUUAGAGCUGUAAAAUAUAUGGAAUGCUCUGCAUUGACUCAACGUGGACUCAAACAGGUGUUUGACGAAGCUGUACGUGCAGUAUUAAGACCUGAACCUCAGAAGAGACAUCAGAGGAAGUGUUUAAUUAUGUAA